AUGGCCGGCCUACCCUUCUGGCCCCUCAUUGGGGUGUUGGUUGUAGUGCUCUAUCUCCUUCGACGACCACCACCUUCCAGUUUGAGACAUAUCCCAACGGUCAAGUACAAUGCCUGUCUACCAGAUUUCAUCAAUCGACUCAUGUACUACCCCAAAGCUGCCUCGAUGAUCAGUGAAGGAUAUGAAAAGUACAAGGAUAGUCCAUUUCGCCUGCUCACUGGCGAUGGAGAAGUCAUCGUCCUGCCAGUGAAAUACCAGGAUGAACUGAGACAUCUUCCUCCUUCACGACUCAGUUCUCUACAUGCCCAAUAUGAAAACGCGUUGGGCCAGUACACCAACAUCAUCAUCGACACCCUUCUACCUUCUAUGACCGUGCGGAAAAAGUUGACGCCCAGUCUUGGCCGCGUCGUUCCCGGGAUCAUCGACGAGCUGCGAACAGCAUUCGAAACUGCUCUCCCAGGAUGCGAAGGUGGGACCAACCAUGCUGAUCAACACUCGGAUACUGACAGAGAGGUACUAAAAACAGACACCUGGAUUCAAAUCAACCCAAACGAGAUGUUCACCCGGCUAAUCGCCCUCGCGACAUCCCGCAUGAUGGCCGGCGACGCCCUCCGCGAAAACGAAGAAUGGCUCAACGUCGCAAGCAACUACGCCGUGAACGUGGGAAUCACCAUUCUCCUGCUCCGCCCUGUCCCCAAAUACCUCCGUCCCAUCGUAGCGCACUUCCUCCCCAGCGUCCGUAAGAUGAAGAAGCAGUUGCGCUUCGCGAAAGACCUCUUUAUUCCGAUGAUCCACGAGCGCAGACUGGCACAACAGGCUAAAGACCCCAAUUACACCAAGCCGGAUGACUUCUUGCAGUGGAUGAUGGAUCUGAGCGAGGAAAAGAAGGAGGACCUCAAACCGGAUACACUGGCGCAUCACAUGCUGCUCUUGGUGACACUAGCUGUUACUCACACCAGCACGAUGGCCUUGUGCCACUGUCUCUUCGAUUUGGUUACCAGACCCGAAUACAUUGAGCCACUGCGGGAAGAAAUCACACGGACUCUGCCUGAUGGCUGGUAUCGGGCGACUCAGGCUGCGCUUAAGGAGCAGUCCCGUCUGGACAGCUUCUUGCGCGAAUCUCAACGCUUCGCUCCGCCUGGUGAAUUGAACUUCCACCGCAUCGUCAAAGAACCAAUCACGCUCCAUGAUGGCCUCGUUCUUCCAGUAGAGACACACGUCUGUUUCGCUGCCGGUCCGAUUAGCAAAGACGCUGCCUUCGUCAAAGACCCAAUCACCUUCGACGGCUUUCGCUGGUGUCAUAACCCUCGGGAUCGCUUUGUCCUGACCCCUGAGCUCGCAAAACUCGACGCUAUGCUGAACGGUGCUGGUGAGAUGCAGGCUGAAAAGUCCGCAUCUUCCGCCUAUUUCGUUUCGAUCACUAACACCAACAUGCAUUUCGGCUUCGGGCUCCAGGCAUGUCCCGGUCGGUUCUUCGCAUCGAAUACUUUGAAGGCAAUCCUGAGUCGCCUCAUCCUUGACUAUGAAUUCAAAUUCGUUGAAGACCUGCAGGGGAAGAGACCCAGUAAUCUUGUGGUUGGGGAGCAUAUUCUUCCGAGUAUGACUACGGAGAUGCUGUUCCGGAAAAGACCUAUUGGGCUUUGA